AUGGUUCAUUUCGCCCCCAACACAAAAAGAUUUGCAGGAGUGAAGGAGUGGAUCUUUAGAGUGACUGGCUUCCUUUUCAGCCUAUUAUCUUCGGGGUUUGGAAUCAUCCUUGCAAACAGCAGAUACUGGCGCCUCUGGGAAUUUGAUGAUAAGGUUGUCCAGCUAGUUUACAUUGGACUCUGGGAAGCUUAUUACCAUUGGGAAUUUAACUUCUCUAGUACUGAGACCAUAAUUCUGGUACACAGCCCUGUCAACUCUACCUGGACAAUUUCACCUGAAUUUCAAUGUGCACGAAACCUCAUAUUACUGGCAAUGCUGAUAAAACCUCUUGUUGUGAUUUUUAGCUCAGCAGCCAUUAAGGUCAGCUUAAUCAAAGCCUCAGUCCCUGAGAUUCAGAUAGUAUGCUACAAGUUCUCUGUCUUAAUUCUGAUCCUCAGCAGCCUUUGUACCAUUAUUUCUGUGACCUGGAACCAUGUAGUAGAUCUCUAUGGCAAAACCACCCUUGACUUUCCACCAACCUUUCCAGUUAAGAAAGAUGCCCUGAUUAAAAAAUACAGCACUCAUGUGUUUCCAAUGGGACUCUUGACAAUCACCCUGUCACUUUUUGGUGUGAUUAUGUUCCUAUUUGAGAUAAGGUCACUGAAAAUUCAGAGUAAGCUGAAUGCUCUGCACGUUUCCAAACAGGCUGAUGACAGGUCCAUAAAUGAAGGUUCUGUUAUUUGCAAAAUAUGCCAGGAGGCUACCUGA